AUGCCCACUAUUGUCAUUGGCGACUUCUCCUUCCCUCUUGAGAUGCUAGUCGGCGGGAAGAAGGAGUCUAAACCCAGUUUCCUGGAGAAAUGGGAUUUGGAUUUUCAGCAGUUUUGCAACUCCUACAUCCCGGACGACACGCAGAUGUUGGAUGACGGUGUUGAUGCGGCGGGCGGUGAUGGCUACACGGCGGGCACGGGGAUCACGAACGAGGAACUCGCUCAGCUCCAGUUGGAUAUCCACGCCGCACCUAAGAAGUAUCACAGGGCGUCGGUAACGCGUAUGACUGAAGCGAACAAGGUCAAAAAAGCCGGGCCUGUCCGUGUCAAACAUGCGCCCGAAGACGCGUUCUUCUCUGCGCUCGACGGCACAGGAGUCGAUGGCAAGAUUUGGGGUUCUUCUCUCUCAAAGAGCCCCUCUCGGUCUUUCCGAGACCAGUUUGGGCUGCUCGCCGACGCCUUGGACCUCAACCCCGUCCAUCCUGUCCCCGCGCCAGCCCCGGCUGCGAAGUCUGCAAUCAAACCAGGCUGCACGACCACUUGGCCGCUUUUCAACACGUCCCACGCCCAUUCCGAAGUAUCCGAGGCAUUCAUGGACUGGACCCCGGUGGAGACAGCCUUCGGGCAGGGCGCGGGCUUGUCUUCAUCUUCGGGCUCUUCGUCUAUCCAGCAGCAGCCAAUCAACAACACUUUCAGCGGGAAUGCCUCUCCGGAGACCACUGCGCCAUACGACAUCAUACACAGCCCGGCAUCCAUCGGCGGAGAGACCGCGACGAACACGCAGACUCAGAGUACGAUGUCAUGGGCACAGGAGGCAGCGAUUCGCAACAUCCUCCCGUCUGAAUUACGCGUGCUUCCCACCGAACGCAGGGAAGGUGUCGCCCGCGCCGAAUCCGACGACAACACGCUUCAAUCCCGCGUCGAAGAUCUCAUCGCCAAGGGGGGGCUGUUGCCGGACCAGCACGACGACUGGCUCGGCAUCGUUCGCAAGAAUAAUGACGAUGACAGGCUCCAUCGUCACACCGCGUUCGAGGUCCAGUUGCCUAUCGAUGUCCAGAUCAGCCUCGAGCGCCUUCGUUACGCUAUUUACCGAUAUAAGAAGUUCAGGGUCCCUUUGAUCGCUUAUUUCUCCCCGAGCGGAGAGAAGAACGUCUUCAGGUGCCCGAUCUGCACCGACGAGAUCAGGGGGCUUCGGUCGUUCAUGCGCCACAUCGAGAGCACCAAACACCUCAGCAUCAUCUACCUCUGCAACCACGAGCCGUGCGCGACGAACAAACAGUCGUGUCGGGUUAUUGAUUUCCGCGCGUCGGGUUUAAAUAAGCACUUGAAGGAGGCACAUAGGGUGGGCUCUAUCCUCAAGAAGGACAAGAGGAUGAGCGCUGAGGCCUGA